AUGUUCCAAGUAAAAAGCAGGAACAGCCGUCGGAACGAAACCCUACAAGCCCAAUCUUCUCUUCCCUUAGGUCAAUUUAAGGGUGUGGUGAAAAUGGCGACAGUGCCAGGACAGUUGAUUUGGGAGAUCGUGAAGAAAAACAACUCUUUUUUGGUGAAGGAGUUUGGAAAUGGAACUGCCGGUGUCGUUUUCAGCAAGGAGCCUAACAAUCUCUGCAAUCUCCACUCGUAUAAGCACUCUGGGUUGGCAAACAAGAAGACUGUCACCAUUCAACCUGGCAAAGAUCAUUCAGUGUUGCUUGCAACAACAAAGACCAAGAAACAGAACAAGCCUGCCAGUUUGUUAAACAAGUCUGUCAUGAAGAAACAGUUUAGCCGUAUGGCCAAGGCUGUUUCAAACCAGGUGGCUGAUAACUAUUACAGGCCCGAUCUGAAGAAAGCAGCUCUUGCAAGGUUGAGUGUUGUGAACAGGAGCCUUAAGGUUGCCAAAUCCGGUCCUAAGAAGAAGAACAGGCAGGCUGUAAAGAUCCCUGGUAGAAAGUGA